UAUAGACUACGUAACCGGGAUUGGAAACUAGGAUUCCCUGGUGGACAACGUCCGUGAUUGAAUUGGGCGUUAAAUAGAAUAAAUUUGACCAUGUGGCUUGCUUUUUAGUCUAUAAUAUCUAUGGUCUAACUAUCAAUAUUAGACCACGCCUUCAGCUAACCACAUAUCCAUAGAUCUAAUUCAUUUAUGACCACAUGUGAUAGAUGCGGUCAUAGUAAUACUACAUGAAAUCCGAGAUGAAGUCCUAGUUAUUGUCUAUGAUGUGAUAUCAACGCUGGCGAAAUGGAAGACGAAAGGAGUCAAGAUAUGAGUGGUAGUAUUUUAUACUCACUACAUGGUAAUGAGAAUACUGAUGGAGAGAAAGGGCAGGCAAGUGAGGCAACUGCAAAAGCCGAGGCGAAAGCAAAACAAGACUAUGAGGCAAGCAAAGGUCAAUCACCACAAUUGACAAUGAUGGUAAUUGGCAACACAGGAGCUGGUAAGUCCACACUCAUCAAUUCAAUGCUGGGUAAGAAAAAAGCCAAAAUAUCACAUGAUAUAGACCCUACUGAUCACAAUACAAUAGAGGAACACACUGGCACAGUCUGUGGUACACCUGUGGUGUUUUAUGAUACAAGAGGGCUGGGAGACCCAAAGCUAAAAAAUAAAGAGCUGAUGAAUAGCUUUAAACAGUUGAUGAAGUUGCCGCAAUGUAGUGAUCGAUUUACAAUCCUUAUAUGUCAGCGAUUUUCAGAUAAAUUUGGUGAUUCAAUUGUGCAAUUUGCAGAGCUUCUUGCGAAAUAUUUUAAGGAUGAUUACUCAAUAUGGAAGAACUGCAUCUUAGUGCUAACACGAGCUAAUCAGUAUGAUCCUGAUGACGAUGAGAGCGAUGAGGAGGAGGAAGAAGAUAGGAGGAGUGGCAUUAGCCCAGAAGAGCUUUUAAAAUUGAAAAUGGAUAUACUUAUGAAAAGGUGGGCCACAAAAUUUCAAUCGUACCUGGAGAAAUACAAUGUGCCUGAGGAAAUAAUUAUGAAUAUGCCAGUGUUUGUUGCCGGGAAUAAGAAGAAGCUCAAACUACCUGUCACCGAUAACUGGAUAAAAACAAUAAUGAAUCACUGCGAUUCAAGAGCUCUACAUUUCCAAAGUGCUACUCAAAUGCAACGGCAAUUACGAGAAACAGGAGUGUUUCUUGGUGGAACAGUUGGUGGAGUUGUGGCAGGUGUUGCAUUACCAAUUAUCGGCAUACCAAUAGGAAUUACCAUAGGCUCUUUGAUUGGAUUUAAGAUGGGUGAAAGGUAUUACCACAAGGCAGUAUGUAAUAAAGUAGAAAGAAAGUACAAAGAAGACAAAGUUGAAGAAUUAAAAAAGAAAAAGUAGUAACAUUGUAAAGUAGUGUUUUCCUAAUUCUUUAUUAACAUUGCUGCUAUUAUUAACAUUACUGCUAGUCAUUAUAGCUAUGUUCAUAAUUGUUUUCAUUUUAUUCAA